AUGGGUACCCUAGACAUCUCGGUUGAAGAACUUCUCGAGUCCGCACAGAGAGAUGCCUCUGCUCAAGAAGCACACACUACCACUACCAACAAGGAAGAUGACGGUGCUCGCUCUCGCCGCGGCACUACCGCCGAUGUCGACAUGAAGGACUCAGACAAUCUCUCUGCUAACGGAAGCACUCGUAGUAGACGCAGAGAUCGCAGUGCCGACCGCUCAUCGCGUCGCCCUGAUUCGCGCGAACGUCGCGAACGCUACCGCUCGAGUGGCGGUGAUUUUUACCGCGGAAAUGGCCGUAACAGAACUAGAUCCCCUUCAGACGACGACAGAUACUACCGCCCUUCGGAUCGCUCGCGCAGAGAAGAUGACCGACCUCGCCGUCGUGACAGAGAACGUGGUGACCGUCGUUCCCCCCGUCGCGACCGCGGCGACUCAUACCGUGGCGGACGUGCUGCUCGUGAUAGAUCUCCUCCACGCCAAAGGACCCCCGAACCCACCGACGAUGAGCGCGAUCGUCGCACAGUCUUCGUACAACAACUCGCUGCUCGACUACGUACCAAGGAACUCGAGGCUUUCUUCGCCCAGAUAGGUCCCGUCAAGGAAGCCCAAAUCGUCAAAGAUCGCGUCAGUGGCCGCAGCAAGGGCGUCGGCUACGUUGAAUUCAAAGAGGAAGAAUCGGUUCAGAAGGCACUCGGCUUGACUGGUCAGAAGCUUCUUGGUAUUCCCGUCAUUGUACAACUCACAGAAGCUGAAAAGAAUCGUCAGGCUCGUGUAGCAACUGGCCAGCCCACACAAUCUAACGGAAUACCGUUUCACAGGCUUUAUGUUGGUAACAUCCAUUUUUCUGUCACCGAGGAAGACCUCCGCGACGUUUUCUCGCCAUUCGGUGAGCUCGAGUUCGUCCAACUGCAAAAGGAGGAAAACGGUCGCAGCAAGGGUUACGGUUUUGUGCAAUACGUUGAUCCUGCUCACGCGAAGGCAGCACUCGCCGACAUGAACGGCUUCGAAAUCGCUGGCCGUCCCAUCCGUGUCGGCCUCGGCAGCGACAAAUUCACCCCCGAAUCGACCGCCAGUUUGUUGCAACGAUUCGGUAGCCAGAACCAGGCUGCUCAGUUCCAAGGCUCGUCCUUUUCUGGCGCCGGAGGCCGUGGUGCCCAUGCUGGCGGUAAUAACAACUUCGAUCGCGCCGGUGCUCGCGAAGAGAAGGGUACCGGUGGUGCUAGUGCUCUUGAUGAUGCAGAUGUUGGAGGCGUCAACUUUAACAACUUCAGCAGAGACUCCCUCAUGCGCAAGUUGGCUCGUACUGAAGAUCCUGCCCCACAGACUCAGGCCACUUCUUCUCGCCCCCGUGCUGACACCAAAAAGACUGCUAUGCAUACUCCUGCUCCUAGCCGUUGUAUUGUGGUCAAGAAUGCCUACGACGAAGCCACCCAAACCGAUCCUCAUUGGGCCAAGGACCUCGAAGAGGACUUCAAAGAAGAGUGCAGCUCCAAAUACGGCAAAGUCGUCCACAUCGGCGUUUUCCGCGAUAGUUCUGACGGCGAGAUCUAUGUCAAGUUUGCCGAUCUUGCUGGAGGCGACAGCGCCCUUAAGGGCCUCAACGGCAGGUACUUCGAUGGCCGCACGCUGACGGCUACGCCAGUUGUCGAUGCUGUGUACAACAUGAACUUUCCCAAGGCUGCCAAUCUUUGA